UCCCUGGCGCACGCGCGCUCGGAGGGGGGCGACGGUCGCGGUGACGUGCCGCGGUGGCGGCGGCGGCGGCGGCGGGUGGACGGAGGCGCGUGAGGCGCGUGAUAUCCCGCGUCUUGGGAGCAGUGUCCCAGGCCCAAGCCACUCCCCGCCGCCGCCAUGUCGGGCCGUUCGGUCCGGGCCGAGACCCGUAGCCGGGCCAAAGAUGACAUCAAGAAGGUGAUGGCGGCCAUCGAGAAAGUGCGGAAAUGGGAGAAGAAAUGGGUGACUGUGGGUGACACCUCCCUGAAGAUAUUCAAGUGGGUGCCUGUGACAGACAGCAAGGAGAAAGAAAAGUCCAAAUCGAACAGUUCAGCAACCCGGGAAACUAAUGGCUUUCCCUCUGAUGCCUCAGCCAAUUCCUCUCUCCUUCUUGAAUUCCAGGAUGAGAACAGCAACCAGAGCUCCGUGUCAGAUGUCUAUCAACUCAAGGUGGACAGCAGCACCAACUCAAGCCCCAGCCCCCAGCAGAGCGAGUCCCUGAGCCCUGCACACACCUCAGACUUCCGCACUGAUGAUUCCCAGCCACCCACACUGGGCCAGGAGAUCCUGGAGGAACCAUCACUGCCUGCAUCUGAAGUUGCAGAUGAACCUCCCACCCUCACGAAGGAAGAACCGGUCCCACUAGAGACACAGACCACUGAGGAAGAAGAGGACUCGGGUGCCCCACCCUUGAAGCGCUUCUGUGUGGACCAAGCCACAGUGCCGCAGACCGCGUUGGAAAGCUAGCAGCGUCCUGGCCCCUCGCCUCCCGGCCCCUGCCUCUAUUUAUUGCAUUCUGGUCUGGCCGAGCUCUGAUGCUGGGGUCCAGGCAAGCACGAGGGUCCAGAGCCUGUGUGGGAGCCCUCUGGGCUAGAAGGCUGAUGGAGGGCGUGGGGUCGUCACCUCAUCUUCCUGUCCCUGACACCUGUGUCUGCUUGCUCUUGAGCGGAAGAGCACUUGCGUCCUUUCUGCACCCCAAGCAGGCCAGAGCAUCAGGGGUUCAUUUGUCAUCCCCAGAACCACUGCACAGAGCUGCUGGCGCUGCCUCGCGGAGAAAGGUGUGGAAGGCACCCCAGAGAAGGGCGCCUAGGUUACUUGAACUUGAAAGGAGACUGUAGAUCAUGGACUUAGCCACAGGGCCAGGGCCCUGCAGGCUGCUGCUGGAAGAGGGCUGAUCGAUAGAUGUGGAGAGCUGUGGGGAGAGGCUGUCCCGGGAGGAAAGGCUCUCCCCACCUGUGGGCAGGUGACCCAUGGAGGAUUGCAUCCUGUCCCUGAGGCAGGCCUGCCUCUGCUGGAUGCCCCAGCUGCUCCUGGCCCUGUGCCUGCCAGAACCUUCUGCCUCCCCACACUCACUACGCACACACAUGCAGCUUCCGGUUUUCACUGUCCAUUUCACUCCAGCAUCCCUGCCUCCUGCUGCAGAAACCCCAGCCAGGAUUGGAGGUCCUGACCACAGUACCUGCUUCAGCUCAGACUUUCUAGAAAGUUCCCUUUUCUUUGAAAUCUGCAUGUUUAACUGAACUUUAUGAUUUUAUUUUUGUCUGAAAAAAGAAAAGUUUAAGAAAAAAUGGAAAUGGGCAACAGCAAGUGAAGACCUAUUUUAGCACUGAAUAGAGUAUUUUUAAAAUUAAAACUAUUUGAAAUACAUCUUGUUA